UGCCGUGAGUGUCCCUCCUGCCUCCGCUCUGCCCAGCCCCGAGGCUGCUCCAGCCCAGCAUCAGGUGCAUGGCUGCUUCUCACCUUCUGCUCUCUUUUCCCCUUGCCCAGGCCACGACGCUGCACGCCAGCAGCCUGCAGAGGCUGGUCCAGGGCCAGGCACAGGCUGGUGCAGAGCAGCGGCCACCUCCCGUCCCCUCCGGCGGCAGCAGCGAACGUGGCCUUGGCCCCUCGGCUGGCGGGACCCGCAGGAGGAGGAGGGGGCUGCCCUGGCCCUUCGCACGGCGGCGAGGCAGCUCGGCCGCUGCAGAGGCAGCCGGGCAGUCGGGCUCUGGCGGCAGGGGGGCUCUCUUCGGCCAGCCCCUGGCAGCUCUCUGCAGCCAGGACGGCACGCUGCCCCAGCCCAUCCAGGUAAGCAAGCCUGGCCAGGGGGUGCCCAUCCCGCUGGCUCCUGCGGACAGGCGCUGUCCCCGGCAGAGGAAGCCCGGCUGGGGCUCGGGGACAAAGCCGGACCUGCUGGCUCUCCUGGCCGAGCACGGGCCAUCCACGGAGGGGAUCUUCCGGCUGGCGGUCAAGGAGCACGUCUCCCGGGAGCUGAGGGAGGCCCUCGACAGCGGAGCAGAGGUCCACCUUGAAAGCCAGCCUGCGCACGUGCUGGCCGUCCUCCUGAAGUGGGCACCUGCGAGAGCAGGAGCCAAAAGCCAGCCGCCUGCUCGGGAGCCCGAGUGCCGGGGAUGCUGCCUGUGCUCGCGGCGGCAGCGCUCCAAGCCUCACCCGGAGCCCUUGGCGUUGCAGGACUUCCUGCGGAAGAUCCCCUCUAAGCUCCUCGGGGCAGAGCUGUACGAGGAGUGGAUGAGCGCCCUGCAGAAGACCAGCAGGCAGGAGAAGCUGGCAGCACUCAGGGAGGUGGCCGGCAAGUUGCCCCAGGCCAACCUCCUGCUCCUCAAGAGCUUGCUGUCCCUGCUGCAAAGGAUCAGCAGAAACGCGGCCAGCAGCAGGAUGACUGCCGGCAACCUGGCCAUCUGCGUGGGGCCGAACCUGCUCAGCCCACCCGAGGAGCAGACGCUGCCCCUGGACGCCCUGGUGCAGGUGACGGGGCAGGUGACAGGGCUGGUGGAGUUCCUCAUUGAGCACCACGGGGACCUCUUUGGGGAGGAGGUGGCCGGGCUUGCCGGCACAUCGGCCGAGGAGUCGCCGGCACCAGGGCUGGAAGCAGAGACAGCAGAGGUGCCUCCAGUCGCUGUAGAAAGCCAACACCUGAAGAGCUCCUCUGGGGAGAGAAGCUUGCCAGGCCCUUCACAAGAAAGCAGAAAGCGAAAACUGACCUGUGAAGAGGGGAGCGACGGGCACCCGGGCAGGAAGAGGAGAAGGCUGGAGAGGGAGCUCUCGGGGAUGGGCGACUGAGACGAAAUCCAAGCAGGGCGAGAAGAACGAGGAGGCCAGGUGCCGAUGUGGUUUUGCUGCUUGGAUUCCCCGGAUGAGCUGCGACGCCUGGGCUUGGAGGGGCACGAUGCAGCCCCAGCACCCCCUCGGCGGAGGCGAGGAGAGAGGCACCCAUGCCCUUCUGCUCUGGCCGGCAGAUUUCCCUCGUGCUCCGCUCAGCCGGAGAGCCCCGCACCGCCGUCAGACCCCCCCAGCCUGCGCAGGAGGCCUUGCUGGCUCCCUCAUCAGCUCCCUCAACAAAAGCCCACCGGCUGGCACGUCUCCCCCGGUGGGGAGCUGGCCUGUGACCUUCAGAUUCGAGGGAGGGUGUUGUGGGUGGCGGUGUCUGUCGUCUGGGAGGGAGGGACACGGGGGACGGCGUUUAUGCUGGACAGCACGUCCCAUACUACAAACCCCUCCAGGUUUUCUUUGCACCAACUCAUUCUUGGCAGCCAGAUGCUGAACCAAGUUGCUCAGUACAAGAAGGGAGCACCCAUUGCUGCUCUUUGGCUAGUGCAUGUAUAGCGGCACGCAGCAGAAUACCCUUUCCCACAAUCCCCUAUUACUAUGGAUUUUAGAAACAAAUUUUUGGAGGUGCGUUAUAGUUUUUUGGAUACAAGUUCUACUAUUAACUUGGAAAUGUAGUGUCUUAGCUCCCUUUCCCCCCUUAAGCCCAUAUAGGUACAUUGCUAAGUGUUCUGCUUUAGUGGUUUUGCCAUUUAGAAAGUAGUCGUUUCACAUUCUUUGAGCACGCAUUUCUAGGAAUUUAGUUUUAUUUCACAAGCCUAGUGUUAGAGUGACUUUUCAGCCGUAGUGGUAGCUGUUGUAGUAGCUGUAGUGGUGCUACUGUACACGCAGCUGUAGGGACUGUCUGCAG